UUUGCUGAGGCUGUGAUUGGGGGCGAAUGGCGAGGCUUUGCGCUGUGGUGGACUCCCGCUACAUCCAAUGACCUGAGCGCUUGUAUUUGGACAGCAGCAGUCAGUGCGUAGUGCAGUGGCAAGCACACUGGAUGGGACAGGACCGCGGCUGUGCAUGAAAAUACGGGCGAAUAACGUUACGAGAAGCCGGGCCAUCCAACAGGCUCGUUUUGUUGGGAAUAAGGACAUAAAACACUACGAGCAUGAGAAUUUUAAGGUAGCGAGUGGAUUUUACGCACCUGGAGGAGACGUACAGACAGAGCGGAGUGUGCGCGCUUGGACAGGGCCAUGCAUUGACACUUCUUUGUAAGCAGCGUCGUGUGUCUAGAGCAGCAUGGAGUGACCAAUCCCCUUUCUAGCGUGGAUGAUUUGAUGGGGUUGCUCCGAGUCAUGAUGCCGCCGAAGUUGCAGCUGCUGGCGCUACUGGCGUUCGCAGUGGCCAUGUUCUUCUUGGAGAACCAGAUCCAAAAGCUGGAGGAGUCCCGAGGAAAGCUAGAGCGUGCGAUGGCGAGACACGAGGUGCGGGAGCUGGAGCAGAGGCAGAGUCAGGACUGGGGCGUGAGGGAGCAGAGCUGGACCCAGGACUCGGACGAGGACCUGGUCAUAGUCUACAACCGGGUCCCAAAGACGGCCAGCACCUCCUUCACCAACAUCGCCUACGACCUGUGUGGAAAGAACCACUACCACGUUCUCCACAUCAACACCUCCAAGAACAACCCCGUCAUGUCCAUACAGGACCAGACACGGUUUGUGAGGAACGUGACCGAGUGGAGAGAGAUGAAGCCAGCCUUCUACCACGGCCAUGUGUCCUUCAUCGACUUCACCAAAUUCGGGGUCAAGAGAAAACCCAUUUACAUCAACGUGAUCCGGGACCCCAUAGAGCGUCUGGUUUCCUAUUACUACUUCCUGCGCUUUGGGGACGACUACAGACCCGGACUGAGGCGAAGGAAGCAAGGAGACAAAAAGACUUUCGAUGAGUGUGUGUCUGCUGGAGGGUCAGACUGUGCUCCAGAGAAACUGUGGCUGCAGAUUCCAUUUUUCUGUGGACACUAUUCUGAAUGCUGGAACGUCGGCAGUGAGUGGGCUCUGGAGCAGGCCAAGGCGACCCUGGUGAACGAGUACCUGCUGGUGGGAGUCACAGAGGAGCUGGAGGACUUCGUCAUGAUGCUGGAGGCCGCUCUGCCGCGCUUCUUCAGAGGAGCCACGGACCUCUACAGGACAGGUAAAAAGUCCCAUUUGAGGAAGACAACAGAGAAGAAGCCUCCCACUAAAGAGUCUGUGCACAAACUCCAGCAGUCUUCGAUCUGGAAAAUGGAAAACGAUUUUUACGAAUUCGCUUUGGAGCAGUUUCAGUUUGUCCGAGCUCACGCCGUCCGAGAGAAAGACGGGGAACUCUACCUUUUAGCCCAAAACUACUUCUAUGAAAAAAUCUACCCCAAAAAUAGAGACAAGAAAUGAACUGAUAAACAAGUUGUUUUUUGAAUUUGUAACGCUGACUUUGAAACAUAAGGAACAUAUUUGACCUAACAAGUAUUGACAUUUCUUGGUGAGAAAAACUGAAGUGGACUACAGUUCCCAGAAUGCUCAUGUCAUGUGACCUUGCUGCAGAGAAGAGGAGGUGUUUCUCCAUUGGCUCUGUACUGUUGUUUUAGUUGUGUUUGGAAUUGUUUUAAAUGUAAAAACAUGCCUCA